CUAACCCACCGAAAAACACGCAGCCUCUGCGUGCCGCUCCGCUCUCGCGCGCCUCUGUCUGCUGUCUCCUGCUGAAUACUGCCAGCUGCAACUUUUGUCCCCGCACAGCUGCCGGUGGUUCCUCCUCCAGCCCGCACUCACAACAAGCUGGAUUCAUUACAAGUGGAUGAGGGGGGCAGCUGGGUGAUGUCACAUCCGUGAAGAAAGAAGGGGAAGGAAGGAGGACAAGGCUCCCCAAAUCCUUGACGGCGGCGGUGGAUUUUUCGCCGCACGCCUGACCGCAAACUUUUUUUUUCCCUCCCGCUUCGAAGUGACGAGGUUUCUCCCCGCUGCCCACAUGGCGUGCGUAACGGGGUCGAGUGGAUGGAUGUGCCCCCCUCCUCCCUCCCAGGAAGCCGCGGUUCUUCACCAGCGCGUAGUGGACGAGGUGGCGUGAUCCCGUGGGGCAGAGGAACAAAAAACAACAACAAAAAAAACUUGCCUGAGAAUUUGUUGUUUUCUUCCUGAGGCGGAGGAGGAGGAGGAGAGAGAGCAGAAAAGAAGCUACGAAGCAGCAGAACGGAACAGAAUGUGGUCGCUGUCCGCGGUCCUGAACCCGCUGCUGUUCCUGCUGCUGUUCGGACACUGCCCUUCAGUGACCAUCCGGCCAAAGGAGGGGUGGCAGGUGUACAGCUCAGCUCAGGAUGCGGAUGGGCGUUGCAUCUGCACAGUGGUGGCACCUGAACAGAACUUGUGCUCCAGGGACGCCAAAGGCAGACAGCUGCGUCAGCUCCUGGAGAAGGUGCAGAACAUGUCGCAGUCAAUCGAGGUGCUGAACCUGCGGACGCAGAGGGACUUUCAGUACAUCAUGAGGAUGGAGAGCCAGAUCAAAGGGCUGCGGUCAAAGUUCCGACAGAUCGAAUCGGACAGGAAGACGCUCGUCAACAAAAACUUUCAGGAGCUGAAAGGAAAAAUGGAGUCCCUGCAGCCGCUGAUCCCCGUCCUGGAGCAGUACAAGACAGAUGCCAAGCUCAUCUCCCAGUUCAAAGAGGAGAUCAGGAACCUGUCUGGCGUGCUGAUGGGCAUCCAGGAAGAAAUGGGAGCCUACGACUACGAGGAGCUGCAGCAGAGGGUCUUAAACCUGGAAAAUCGGCUCCACAACUGUAUGAACAAGCUCACAUGUGGCAAGCUAAUGAAGAUCACUGGGCCGCUGACAGUGAAAACUUCAGGGACCAGAUUCGGAGCAUGGAUGACCGACCCGCAGGCGUCUCCCAAAAACAACAGGGUGUGGUACAUGGACAGCUACACCAACAACAAGAUUGUGAAAGAGUUCAAAUCCAUCGCUGACUUUGUGGCAGGGGUCGAGUCAAGAACCUACAAUCUGCCCUUCAAAUGGGCCGGAACCAACCACGUGGUGUACAAUGGCUCUCUGUACUACAACAAGAUGCAGAGCAACAUCAUAGUGAGGUACAGUUUCGAGACGGGCCGCGUGGUCACCCAGAGGGCUCUGGAGUCGGCCGGCUUCCACAACGUUUACCCCUACACCUGGGGGGGCUUCUCUGACAUCGACCUGAUGGCGGACGAGCUGGGCCUGUGGGCGGUGUACGCCACCAACCAGAACGCCGGGAACAUCGUCGUCAGCCAGCUGAACCCCGACACACUCCAGAUCCUGAACACAUGGAACACGGAAUACUCAAAGAGAAAUGCCGGCGAGUCUUUUAUGAUCUGUGGGACGCUCUACAUCACCAACUCCCACCUGACCGGCGCAAAGGUAUACUAUGCUUACUCCACGAAAACCUCCACGUACGAGUACACAGACAUUCCCUUUCAUAACCAGUACUUCCACAUGUCUAUGUUGGACUACAACGCCAGGGACCGCGCCCUUUACGGCUGGAACAACGGCCACCAGGUGCUGUUCAAUGUCACACUUUUCCACAUCAUUAAAACUGAGGACGAUUCGUAAGCAGAUGGUCAUACUGUACAUGUGAAGGAAAUUGUUAAAACCUGAUAAAUGGAUCGUUGCGCUUGAAUGUUCAUGAAUUUUAUUUAUUUAUUUAUUUAUUUAUUUAUUUGGUUACACUUCUUAUUCAUUAGGGAACUGAUCAUUAACUAGUUGCUUAUAAGCAUGCAUAUUGGCUCAUUCUCUGUUAUCAUAUUCUACAACCAACAGGCCAUGAAGAGUCUUCCCUCAGUAACGUCUUAAGUAAAGCUUUAUGAUAGUAACUGAGGAAGAACAUGAAUUACUAUCUUUAUAUUAUUUGCUCUGUGUGGGCCUUAAAAGGUGGAAGUACCACAAGUACACGCUUAAUGAUACUCAACAAAUACAGUCUGUUCCUAAAAUGUUGUGUCCACCUGUAUUCAUAUUCACGUAAAAUAGCCUCUAAAACAGGUGUUAUCCAAUCACUCUGUGUUUAUUUUUAUCCACAAUGACAAACACAAUUUGACAAAACAACAAUAUUACACAUUAAAAUUAAUGCAAAUUCCUCCCCCUGCUGUCCUCAUUCACACUAGCUGUCACCAGGCAUGCGAUGUGUCACCCUGUAAUUGUUCCCACCACUCGAUAUUCACGACCCUGGCCAUUGUUCUGGCUGGGCUGAUAAUCAGUCUACUAAUGUGCAUGCAAGUAAGCAACUAAUUAACGGGUAACAUUUUUACCAUAGUCAUUUAUCUGAUUAGGGUUGGCUGUAGCUCAGGGGGUACAGCUGGUUGACUGGUGAUCAGAAGGUCACAAGUUCGAAUCCCUGGUCAGAACUGAGCUACAUGUCUUUUCACAAGAGUUUUUAAGAUACUGUCCGUAUGGUAACAUGACACCUUCUCCGUAAAAGAAAAAGGAACGACAGCACAACACAAAUUUGGUGCUUUAAGAGCAGAUUGCAGGUAACACAUUCCAUUAAAUAAUGGCACUUUUACCAAGCAACUUUUAGAAACACUGAACAAUGAACCUCCAGUAAUUUCUGCAGCUCCUUCUUCUCUUGGAGAAAAAAAGCUUUUCGCGAGAUGAAGUCCUCACAUUUGUAAGGGAUUUCUCAUUCAGAGCUGCAUUUAUUCAUGCCCCCGUAAUGCAUUCAUAUUUUGACCGUAUUCACUAAUUGUUCAUUUUGUUUCUAUUCUCUUCCUCGCCACUUAUUCAUAACCAUCUGCUAAUUUAUUCCUGCUCCUCACUGCCUCCAUUUAGCUUUUGAAUUUGUCUCUGUACUUUUCAUUUCAAAAAGUUUUUGCACUUGACCUUGUACAAGACAAUGAGAAAUGUGGUGAACCAUAGCGCACCUGUGUAGUUACUGUACUUGGCUUUUCUGUGUCUAUGAAGAUUCUUAGUCAUCCAGGUCCAUGGGAGUGUCUUUGAGUACUAAGCAUCUGCUUGCCUUUUACUUAGUACUUUGAGAUCUUAGCAUUUUUGUAACUUCAUCAACAGUUUGUAUGCCUUAUACAGUGCAGUACGUUCUGUAAGCCCUGGAUAACAGCUCAUGUGCAUGAAUGUUGGCUAUCCUAAUAGCAUUUUUACUGUAACUGUAUAUCUGUGUAUUUUGUAUCUGCACAACAUCCCAUGCCCCGUCCUCUCUAGCUAUAUCAAUGGUAAAGAUCUAUUUAUACAGACAGCAGUAGAUUAAUUUAUUAAACAUUCAUUUCUGUAAAUAAGAAGUUAUACAUAACCAAAAUAAAAGUAUUGUUUUCAUUAA